CUUGAGACAGGAUGAAAAGAGUUGUACAGUAGCUCACCCAAUAGUUGCACCAGAUGUCCAAAUCUGGUUUACGGAAAGUCAACCAGGCUCCUUCCCCCGCGAUGCCGUCGCCAAGAAACGACAACUUGCAAGCUCCAUCCGGUGGAAGAGAGGCACCUUCACCUUCGCCGUUUUGAGAUCGGCCCCCUUGCUUGCCAAAUGCCGCUCCCGUUCGACGCCGUCGGCAAGGCCGUGGGCGCGGCGACAUGGCUGGUCGGCGUGGUGGCCGAGCGGCUCGUCGGCGACGCCAUCGCGGCCUGGGCCGGCCGCCACGGCCUCGAGAAGGAGGUCUCCCGCCUCGGGAACGAGCUGCGGCGCGCCAAGCUCGUCCUCGGCUCCGCCCGCGCCGGCGGCGGCCAGAAGAAGGUCGGGAACGAGCAUCUGGCGGAGGCCAUCGCCGACGUGCGGCGGCUGGCGGCCGACGCCCGCAACCUGCUCGACGAGCUCGAUUACCUCGAGAUCCACGACAAGAUCAAGGAUAAGGAACACGACUGCAGCAGCCUGAGUUCAUCAAAGGCACAAUCUUUUAUUCAAUUCGCGCAUGGUUUUGCCAGUCAGGCGAGCAAGUAUAUAUCAUCUGCAGUAAAAAUCAAUGCAAAAGGUCCUACCGUGUAUAGAGAGGAUGACCCUUCAACAACCAAACGAAGAAUUGAUCGUCAUGAUAUCAUGACAGGAAUGAAAAAAAUGAAGCUUUCUGACCCAGAUGACAAAAUGAUUCCAGAGCAAAUGCUUGAAAGUGAUGCAUUUUCAGAUGAAAUACCAGAGAAGAAACUCAGUAAAGAUGACAUAUCACAGAGAAUAACAAAUAUUGUGGACCAGCUACAUGAGAUCUGCGAGGAUGUUCGUAAGGCUCUCAAGCAAGAGAAACUUGAUGAAAUUACUCGAGUGACCCAAAACACAAGCUCAAACUCAAGGGAGGAAGGCGCUUGCUAUGUUGAAAAUAAAGUAUUUGAAAGAAAACAUGAGAAGAACCAGAUUGAAAAGUUAAUUACUAAUAGUGUAGCAAGCAACCAGAAACUUACGGUUCUUCCUAUUCUUGGUACUGGAGGUGUUGGGAAGACAACACUUGCUCGGACAGUGUACAAUGACCCAGAAAUAGAAGCUAAAUUUGGUCUCAAGAUUUGGAUUUAUGUAUCUGCCAACUUUGAUGAAGUCAACCUUAUAAGGGAGAUUCUUGGUUGCAUUUCCGAAGGCAAGCAUAAAAACUUGACUAAGAACUUCUGUAUGCUCCAAGAUGGUGUCAAGAAAUGCUUGACCAAAAGAUUUCUGCUUGUUUUGGAUGAUAUGUGGGAAUAUAACGAGACCCGCUGGUACAAGCUAUUGGCUCCCUUAAGAUGUACAGAAAUCACCGGUAAUGUCAUUUUGGUGACUACUCGGAAUUUGUCAGUUGUCAAGAUGACAAGCACAAUAGAACAGCACAUUAACUUGCGUGGUUUAGAGGAAGAUCUGUUUUGGCUUUUCUUCAAAAGAUGCAUAUUUGGUGAUGAAAAUUAUCAAGGCCGAAGAAAGUUGCAGAAAAUUGGGAAGGAAAUCGUCGCUAAGUUAGGAGGUAACCCUUUAGCAGCAAAAAGUGUUGGUACACUUUUGAAAAGGAGACUUGAAGAGGAUUACUGGCAGAGAAUUUCUGAUGGUGUUGAGUGGACACUACUAGAAGGCAGUGAUGACAUUAUGCCAGCACUUAUGCUCAGUUACAAUCACCUCCCCUACCACCUUCAGAGAUUGUUCUCUUACUGCGCUUUAUUUCCAAAGGGCUACAAGUUUCAAAAGGAACACUUGGUACAUAUCUGGACUGCUCUUGGCCUUAUCAUAAAUGAAAGGAAGAGAUUAGAAGAUAUUGGAAGUGACUAUUUUGAUGACUUGGUAGACAGGAGCUUCUUUGAAAAAUUUGAGUCAGAGAAAUAUCCCUACUAUCUCAUGCAUGAUUUAAUUCAUGAUGUAGCACAGAGUGUCUCAGUAGAUGAAUGCCUCACUGUAGAUGGUUCAGGUCCUAUAACAGUCUCCUCACAUGUUAGUCAUGUCAGCAUCUGGACUGAAUCAGAAUACAAGAGGCAACAAAAUGGAAACGUAUCACGCAAUGAAACCUUUGAAAAAGGGUUAACUGCCAUUCGAAAAGAUGAGAUCUUAAGAAGCUUGGACAGUUUAAUGCUAGUUGGUGCCUACGAUGAGACUUUCUCUACAAUCUUUGCGAAGAUUCUCAAGAAACUACAGUAUGUACGAGUGCUAAGGCUAUCAGCAAUGCCUUUUAGUGCUGACAUUUUGUUAUCCAGUAUUUCAAGGCUCAUCCAUCUUCGCUAUCUGGAACUGAAAUCCACCACCGACACCCUCAAACCUUUACCUGAAGCUCUGUGUAGACUUUACCACCUGCAGGUACUGGACAUAAUAAAUUGGAGUGGGCUUGAUCGCUUGCCAAGAGGCAUGAGUAAUCUUGUAAAUCUGCGCUAUCUCCUUGUUCGAGAGCCAGGGCCCGUACACCUGCACUCAAAGAUAGCAAGAGUCGGUGAACUUAAAUUUCUGCAAGAAUUGAAAGAAUACCGUGUUCAAAUAGAGAGUGGGUUUGAUAUCUCGCAGCUGGAGAACUUAAAUGAGAUCAGAGGAUCACUUAGAAUCUUGAACCUUGAGAACGUCAUAAGAAAGGAUGGGGCUACUCGUGCAAGGAUUAAAGAUAAAAAGCAUCUCAAGACACUGUCACUAUCAUGGGGAGGAACAAGUGGUGAUCCUGCAUUUCUGAUGGAAGUAAUGGAGGGUCUUGAACCACAUGAUCGUCUCCAGCAUCUCCAUAUCAUAAAUUACAUUGGUGCCACCCCAUCCUGGUUGAGACAAAACUUCUCCCUCGACAAUUUAGAGAGUCUCUAUCUUCAUGAUUGUACAGGAAUGGAGACUCUGCCGCCCUUCAUCGAAAUGCCAUAUCUGGAGAAGCUAUCCUUGGUUGGUAUGUCUUCUUUGAAGGAGGUCAAGUUUGGUUCCAUUUGUGGUCCUGCAAGCAGAGGUAGUGGUUCAUCUAAGUAUGAUAUGCCAGAGUUUGAAGAACUGGCCCUUACUGAACUUGAGAUAUCGAAGUGUUCAGCUUUAACGUCAGUGGGGCUUCUUUCUUGCAAGGCAUUGACAAAGUUGAGCAUCAAAGAUUGUAUGGUACUAGCUUCCAUUGAUGGUUUGCAGUCUCUUGACCAAUUGAAUUACCGUGACAUUAAAGAAUGCCCUUGUUUAUCAUCUGCUGCAUGCAGGACCAUUUGAACUGUAUGUAAGCAUUACGUUCCUGUAAACUGUCUCUCUCAGACAGCCUGUGUCCGUCUACUUCAUGUAGGAUUACAAUAUACAGAUGAACAUCUCACCAACUGAAAAUGUAUUUCAGAAACUUCAAGUCUUUGUUCACUCAUA